AUGGCCCUGAAGCGGGUGCUGGCUACUGACGCUUACCACGAAGAGAGUCAGCAAGGACGCGAGCUUCGCCACAAGAUGCUCGACGAGACCCGCAUCACUGCCUUUGACUCCACACUGAAGCCGCCUCCACUUGCGAAAAAUCCGAUGCAGGUGGUCGUCCUGAUGCGUCAUGGAGACCGCACGCCGGUUCGUGACAAGUUCGGCCAGCUCGACGUGUCACAUCUUGGUCCCAAGUGGACUGCUCUGCUCCCAACGACUCACGAGCUCCUUGACAUCAGCAGAGUCAGCGUGGAACGAGCCAGCGGCAGUGGGAAGAAUGCGUAUGCACAUUUUGUGGGAGAUGGCAACCUCGGCCAGCUCACGAGGCUUGGAUUUCAGCAGUGCCAGAAAGCCGGAGCCGAGCUGCGAAGACGCUAUGGCGACUUCGAGAUCCGGGCUUUCAGUACUGACUUUCCACGCACAAUCCAGUCAGCUGCUAGUGUGCUUCUCGGUUUCGGAUGCACUACUCGUGAAGACUCAACACAAAGCGCAACAGAGACACCGUCUGUUGCAAGAAUCCAAGUGCGUGCGCCAGCAGAGCAGACACUGCUCCCCAACUAUGAUGGCCGCUCACGCCACUUUGCAGAAGGCCGCGCGGCUACCUUGGCCAAGGCGAACACCACACAUCUAAAAUCACUUCAUGACAAGCUGGAGAAAGCUUUAGUUCCAGUGAUUGGAGAUGACCCUUUGAGUGCAGUGCUCGACUUCAAGCCGUUUUGUGUUCAUCAAGAAACCGUUGGACAAAUUCAAGGUAUCGACUGGGACCUUGUGCACCUGGUGGAGCAUUAUCAAGCUUCGCGGGAGGCUGCUGUGUACUCCGACUGUGAGCUCUUGCGCCUGGGUGCUGGGCGUCUGCUGCAG